CCCAACUGGCAGGGACAGCUGCAGACAGGGGCUGAACCAGCUUUGUUCCCGCUGCCCAUCCAGGCCCUUCUCAGCUCCUGCCUGACACUGAUUUUCCCUCCUAGGGAUUAUUGGGAAGCCAGCACUGAGGGCCCCACACCAUGAGGGUCUAGAGGCAAGGAGCCUACUAGGGUCUCCCAGUGAGUGGCAGGACUGUGGGAGUAUGGGGCAGGACCAGACAAAGCAACAAAUCGAAAAGGGACUGCAGCUGUACCAGUCCAACCAGACAGAGAAGGCGCUGCAGAUGUGGCUGAAAGUUCUGGAAAAGAGUUCUGACCUCAUGGGCCGCUUCCGAGUGCUGGGCUGCCUGGUCACAGCCCACUCUGAGAUGGGCCGCUACAAAGAGAUGCUGAAGUUUGCUGUCGUCCAGAUUGACACGGCCCGGGAGCUGGAAGAUGCUGACUUCCUCUUGGAGAGCUACCUGAACCUGGCACGCAGCAACGAGAAGCUGUGUGAGUUCCACAAGACCAUCUCCUACUGUAAGACCUGCCUCGGCCUGCCUGGCACCAGGGCAGGCGCCCAGCUGGGGGGCCAGGUCAGCCUGAGCAUGGGCAAUGCUUUCUUGGGCCUCAGCCUUUUCCAGAAGGCCCUGGAGAGCUUCGAGAAAGCCCUGCGCUAUGCCCACAAUAAUGACGACACCAUGCUGGAGUGCCGUGUCUGCUGUAGCUUGGGCAACUUCUACGCCCAGGUCAAGGACUAUGAAAAAGCCCUGUUCUUCCCCUGCAAAGCUGCAGAGCUCGUCAGUGACUAUGGAAAAGGCUGGAGCCUCAAAUACCGGGCCAUGAGCCAGUACCACAUGGCUGUGGCAUACCGCCUGCUGGGCCACCUGGGAAGUGCCAUGGAGUGUUGUGAGGAGUCCAUGAAGAUUGCUCUGCAGCAUGGGGACCGGCCAUUGCAGGCCCUCUGCCUGCUCUGCUUUGCUGACAUCCACCGGAGCCGUGGGGACCUGGAGACAGCCUUCCCUAGGUAUGACUCAGCCAUGAGCAUCAUGACGGAGAUAGGAAACCGCCUGGGGCAGGUGCAUGUACUGCUGGGUAUGGCCAAAUGCUGGAUGGCCAGGAAGAUGCUGGACAAGGCUCUGAAUGCCAUUGAGAAAGCCCAGGACCUGGCUGAAGAGGUGGGGAACAAGCUGAGCCAGCUCAAGCUGCACUGCCUGAGCGAGGGCAUCUGCCGCAGUAAAGGGCUGCAGCAUGAGCUGCGCUCGCACGUGGUGCGGUUCCAUGAGUGUGUGGAGGAGACAGAGCUCUACUGCGGCCUGUGUGGCGAGUCCAUUGGGGAGAAGAACAGCCGGCUGCAGGCCCUGCCCUGCUCCCACAUUUUUCACCUCAGGUGCCUGCAGAACAAUGGCACCCGGAGCUGCCCCAACUGCCGCCGCUCCUCCAUGAAGCCAGGCUUUGUGUGAAGUCAGCAGCCAUCCUGGUGUCCACACCACCUCCUUUGACUCCUUUUCCAUCAGGCUGAAGGCCCUGGUGAAAUCCCAGGGUAGCUUCUCCUCAGCCAUGAUCAUCGCCUGAGGCCUGCUGCUCCUCUGGGCCCAGCUGCCCUCCUGUGUCUCUUUGUACUUUGCUCUUUAUAGAAAAAUAAACUGUUUGUACCUGG